UUUUUGUCGAAUAGAUUUGGAUCUUUCUUUUUUUUUUUUUCGGAAAAAGCAGUCUUGUCCUCUAUGCGACAUUGAUUCGCUAUCCUCAACAUUUAUGACUGGGUGAACCAUCGAUUUGCAUUUCCGAAAAGCGAUCUGAACUGUCAUAGCAGCACACAUGCAAUAGUGCAGCCUUGCAGAUCCACAAGAAACUAACUUUGUGACGCAGUCCAGUCAUAAGUCAAAAAGAGAUCUAGUUCGACUACACGCGAAGAAGGGAACAAAAACACAGGGAAGAGUGAGAAAGCAGACACAGACAAGAAAAAGAGAUAUGGCACAAAUAAAGGACCUGAAUGCCCAUGAGCGACCUCCGGAGGCUGUCAAGCAACGCUAUAAGCAAUACCAAAAGUCCACGCUCGCAGACAUAAACUCGGAUGGUAGCAUUCUGGACCUUCAGGCGCUAGACGCUGGCCGGCUCCCGGAGGAUGUUUCACUCACGCAUUGGAUCCCCGGCAAGGAUCUUCGGCCUGUAUUCGAUGAAUUUCUGGAGACAAGCAAGGAUAAUGCGGAGGGAUCCCUGAAUGCGAAAGAUAUCCCUGUCUUCUCUCAUCGCUCUGUGACCGGACUCCAAAUGAUUCCCUCCCUCCUCCCACCGGCCGUACAAAUAGAACUCCUCUCGCGCCUCUUCCACCGCGACCUAUCAAACCCAAGACACAAGACCAACCUCCACCUGCACUACGAGCUCACGUAUCCCCGCGCCGGGGAUGCUGUUGCUGCUGCCUCAACGAGCGAUUCCAGCGUAGAAGACACCCCUCACCCUCCCUCCUUCUUUGCCGACGACCCAGCGCGAGUCAUCCACCCGAGAGACCCCAGCGUGCACAAGCCUCUCGCCGUGCAGAGCAUCCUCACCAAGAAACUGCGCUGGGUGACGCUGGGCGGCCAGUACGACUGGACGGCCAAGGUGUAUCCGGCGGAACGGCCGCCGGCGUUCCCGCCGGACAUCGAGAAGCUGCUGCACACCAUGUUCCCGGAGACAGAGGCGCAGGCGGCGAUCCUGAACGUGUACUCGCCCGGCGAUACGCUCAGCGCCCACCGCGACGUCAGCGAGGAGUGCGAUGCCGGCCUGAUCAGCAUCAGCUUCGGCUGUGAUGGCUUGUUUCUGAUCAGCCAUGAUGACGGCGCCGGCUGCGAGAUCAUCCGGCUGCGCUCCGGGGAUGCCGUGUACAUGGACGGCACGUCGAGGUUCGCCUGGCAUGCCGUGCCGAAGAUCGUGCCGGGGACGUCUCCGGCCUGGCUCGCGAACUGGCCUGGCGCGGCGAAUGGUUCGGAUGCCGCCACCACACGUCAGUAUGAGAAGUGGAAGGGGUGGAUGGAGGGCAAACGUGUCAAUCUGAAUGUGAGGCAGAUGAGCCUCUCGGAGCCUCGUCAGUGA